GGCGGUCAUUGCAUGAAGCUCCACGGGAAGCCGGGGUAGGCGGUGUGCGUUGGCAGAAAGUACGACGUCCCAAAUUCGAUCGGAAACGUCCUCGACCGCGAACCUACUCGCUCUCUAUACGCAAUCAAGUCGAGUUAUUUCUCACCCAGCCAUCCGCCACCAUGGCCACACACACGGAGGAGCACACCUAUCACCCCAAGCCUACUGUUCAGAGGGCAUUGAAGACGUCCAUGCUGACAGCUGGCGCGGGUCUCUUUGCUUCGGCCGUCCAGAACACCCUCACCCGGAAGAAUGUUGGACCCUUUGGUGUGUUCGUUCGUAGCGGCAGCACCAUUGGAGUUUUCGCCGCCAUGGGAGGUACCUACGAGUUCGCGAAGAACGCAUCGGCCAACCUGCGGGAGACGGACGACCACUGGAACGUCGCAAUUGGCGGUUUCUUCUCUGGUGCGAUUCUGGGACUAAAGGCCCGCUCCUUCCCCGCUCUUCUGGGAUACGGUGCCGCCCUGGCCGCCUCCAUGGGCGCCUUCGAGUUCACGGGCGGAUCGCUGUGGGGUUACAACAGGGGAAGCACAGAGGAUGAGUUUGAUCGUCGGCAACAGCUCCGGAAGGCCUACCGGACUUCCGGGGAGGAGACCGUUGCUCAAUUGGGCGAGGGACGCGGCGUCUACGGCCCCGGAUAUGCGGAGCGACGACGAGAGAGAAUCAAGGAGGCGUAUGGCAUCGAUGUUCCCACAACUCAGGCCCCGGCCUCAUGAAUAUAAUCCGGUCUGAAAUCAUGUUCUUCCGUUCUGCCCGUUUCCCGUCCGUCUCUUUUGUGUAAAACCACCCUUAUAUCAUGUCAAUUGCCAUUCCGCGGCAUAACUACCAAUAAAGAUUUCUUUUUUUUUUUCUCUCUCCUUAGUAUUCCUCCAUACACGGUCAGGCAUGGCGGAGCAUGGGUCAAGUGCCAGUACAUCUCCCAAACAUACGCACAAUUUAUCUACAAUUCCCAAAAGAAAAAGGAGACCUGGCCUGUCCCAUAGCAGCACAGUGCAAACUCGGUGAACGACGGCUUUCACAAUCUGAUCGCAGUACGUCAGAGUAUCUGCGAGGGGGAGAGUGGACCAUCUGCAGGCCAGUAGCAAGGACUUGGUGGGUAUGAUUAGGG